CAAAGAAGCAGGCAUGGGAAAGUUCUCCGCACUUUUUCCGAUUACAUCGAUUCUUUUUAAAGAAGGCAUAACACAAACCGACUGCUUAUUGCCACCGUAGGCAGCGGAGGGAGACAUUAAAGUACACUGAGUGCUGAGACCAGUACGCCAAUAAGGAGACAAACCCCGCUUCACGAGAGAGAAAGGAGCAGAGGAUGUCCAGAGCUGACUGGUCCUUCCUGGAGCACCUACUGGAGGAGGGUCAGGAGUAUUCAACAGGCGUUGGCCGAGUCUGGCUUACUGUCCUCUUCCUGUUUCGCAUGCUGGUGCUGGGAGCCGCUGCAGAGUCUGCUUGGGACGACGAGCAAGCCGACUUUGUCUGCAACACGAAACAACCUGGCUGCCCUGCCGUGUGCUACGACAAAGCCUUCCCCAUCUCCCACUUUCGCUACUUUGUCCUCCAAGUCAUCUUCGUGUCCACGCCGACCAUCUUCUACUUUGGAUAUGUGGCUAUAAGGGCUGGGAAUGCCAAGAGAAAAGAGGAGGAUGCGAAGGAGGCGGAAGAAGGUAGUGGAGGACGCAAGAAAGGAAAAAUAGAAGUCAAAUGGGGCAAUACAAGUGCGACUAAAGACAAUGCACAAGAGAAGGAGAAACAAGAGGGUGGUGGGAAACGUGGAAGAGCGGAAAAAGCUCCACCGGAGGCUCCUAAACUGAAAGGCAGGUUGCUGUGUGCAUACGCAUUCAGCAUCCUGCUAAAAGUCCUCUUAGAAGUUGGCUUCAUCCUCGGGCUGUGGUUUAUUUACGAUGGUUUCAUCAUUGCAGCGAAGUUCAAGUGCACGGCGUCCCCCUGUCCUCACACGGUGGACUGCUUCGUUUCUCGACCCACGGAGAAGACCAUCUUCACCAUCUACACUCAGGUGAUCGCUGCCAUCUCUUUGCUACUCAACAUCAUAGAGCUCCUCCACCUCCUUCAGCUUGCCAUCUCCCAUCGGCUGGAGAAACGCUACCAUGCCGAGCAACAAGACUGCCUACCUCGGGCAGAGCAGGUACCGGCCCAACAGGAGGCUCCAGAACUCCCAACGGAGCCAUCAGAGCCGUACAAUGCAGGGGGUCAUGUCAACUUACCCGUCCAGGGAGAAGCCACAUGCUACCCAAACCCCUGUGAAAGCUACGGGGAUCUGGCUAUAGAGGUGAACUGGGGAUCUAGGGAGAAUAUGAAUGACCUUCUUCCCAGUUACGUGAACUGCAUGGGGGCUAUGAGGACAUCCCAUAACCCCAGAGUCCAUUAUAAAAAACAUGCACAUCACAAUGGGAAAAACAGUAAGCCUGCCCAUAAAGCACACUCAAAGCAGAAGCAUUAUGUGUGAGGCAGUCAGAUGUGGUAAUGUAUUGUUUAUCACCAUGAAAGCUUUGUUUAGUCUUCCAGUUUUUUUUUUUUUUUUAGAUAAAUGUAAUCCUGCACAUGACACUUGACUGUCAGGAGUGCACUGUGAGAGCUUAAACGAAGGAGAAACGAAGAACAGCUACUGCACUGUGAUCCUGAUGCCUCGGAGGCAGGAAAGCAAACAGCGAUUUACCAGAUAAAUGGAACUAUUCAAAACACAAGAUUCACUCCCCAAGGCAAACAAAAGGACACUACACUAUGAGAGAAGACUGCAGUCAUAAGAUGCCACAAUGUCUCAUUUUAGGGCUUUUAGGGCUGAAUGCUACAGUGGAAAAAAACUGUGCAAUGGGGGGUCUGCCGAUGGGCUGGGGAUAUUCCAUGAUCGUGUUUGAGGGAGUAUUAAGAUGAAACAGAUUUAAGCGUAUUCCUCUGAGAUUUGCACUGCAACCCCUAGAGUACUUUAAGACCCCCCCCCCCCCCCUCCUC